UGAUUUUUGGGGAGAGUGCAUUCUUACUGCCGUUUACAUUAUUAAUCGGCUGCCGUCACCCGUUAUUUUAAAUAAAAGCCCUUAUGAAAUGUUAUUUGGGAAAGAACCUUACUAUGAACAUCUACGCGUUUUUGGAUGUUUGGUGUAUGCACACAACAACAAACGCAAAGAUAAAUUUGGUGAAAGGGGGAGUCCUUGUAUAUUUCUUGGGUAUCCUUAUGGUCAAAAGGCGUACAAAGUGUUUGAUUUGCAGAAACGAAACAUUUAUGCCUCCAGAGAUGUGACCUUUAUUGAAAAUGAAUUCCCUUUUAAAAUGAUAAAUCAAGAAGGGUUUGAUUUUGGGGAUAUUAUUGAUCGUGUAUGUCAGAGAAUCAUGGGCCAUGGCAAUACAUAUAUGCCGGCGGACCACCGUAACAGUCCAUCGCAGGAUGAGAGCUUCCCUCGUCGAUCGAGCUACCAACCAGAAAACUCACCAAGCCUGGAGCCAGCCGACAACCUGGAAGACAUCUGCGGCUAUCCUCCUACAGAGGAGUACACACGUGGGGCCCAACAACAUCCUGGAACCCGUCUUCCUCCACAUAAUUCCUGCGCUCUAGUCUGCAGGUCACAUGGCCAACUUGGGACGCGGAGCAGUAGAUGCAGGGACGAUACUAGCACAGAUGGCGGGUCAGGCUAUCUCUCACCUAUCCGACAUCAGGUCCCUCCACAUACGAACCACAUAAUAUUCAGAUAAAAGAUUGCCUUUAUGAAGCAUCGACACCAAUUCACCCAUAGAGACUAAUUCGUCGGUCGCUCGGUAACUUCGUCGGAUCUCCGCACUGUAGCUGACGAACGAAUUCAUCCAGCCCUCUUUAAUUCGUCCGUUGUCUCCAAAUUCGUCUUAAUUUCUCACUCUAGUUUCUAACCUAAGUUUUUUAAUGUUAAAUCCCAAUUUUAUUCGUCAAUUUGUAAAGC